AUGCUAUUGACCAUCUUGGUGGCCAUAUCCACCCUUGUCACCGUACUGUUACUGCUGUUGCCAUCUCCGAGGCAGGCUGAUGAUCCACAAUGUUCGGUUCAGGUCGUGGUGCUGGGCGAUCUGGGCCGUAGUCCCCGGAUGCAGUAUCAUGCUCUGAGCAUCGCGACCCACGGUGGUCGUGUCCAGCUUGUUGGCUAUAGAGAGACUGAUCCAUUGCCUGAGCUCGUCGCCCAUACUCGUGUCACGCUUGUUCCAUUAACACCAGCUCCUCGAUGGCUUCAAACCGGCAACAAGCUGCUGUUUCUCGCAGUUGGACCCCUGAAAGUCCUCCUGCAGACAUGGACGCUUUGGAACACCUUGAGCUACACUACUACCGCUUCUAAAUGGAUGCUGGUCCAGAAUCCGCCCUCGAUACCUACUUUACUGGUUGUUGCGAUUGUGUGUUUCUUUCGACGAACCCGGCUCAUCGUCGACUGGCAUAAUUUUGGGUAUUCCAUCCUGGCUCUAAAGCUCGGUGCAGAUCAUCCGCUGGUCAGGAUAUCCAAGUCGUAUGAAGUCAGUCUGGCGAAAGCAGCGACCACAAAUUUUACCGUCACAGAUGCAAUGGCUCGAGUUUUGAAAUCCAACUAUAAGAUCACUGCUCCGAUCUUAACCUUGCAUGACCGCCCAGCAGAGUUGUAUCAGCCUCUAACAGCUUCGAAGCGGCUGGCCUUCUUACAGCGUUACCCCCUCACUCAGGACCAUUUUAAUGCAAUCGUCGAGUCAAAGGUCAGACUGCUCGUCUCUUCGACCUCUUGGACAGCGGACGAGGACUUUGGUCUUCUCCUGGAUGCUCUCUGUAGCUACUCUGCCAGCGCCGCCUCGACGCACCCACAGCUUCCAAAACUUGUCGUUGUGAUUACAGGAAAGGGCCCUCAAAAGCAAUUCUACCUCGACAAGAUUCGAGAGCUGCGGUCAACACAAGCUCUCGAUAUGGUGAGCAUCUACACCGAUUGGCUUAGCUUCGAGGAUUACGCUCUUCUAUUGGGAUCUGCAGAUCUCGGUGUGUCCCUCCAUACCAGCAGUAGCGGAGUAGACCUGCCCAUGAAGGUGGUUGACAUGUUCGGUGCUGGUCUGCCCGUCGCGGGCUGGAGCAGGUUUGCUGCAUGGCCAGAGUUGGUGACGGAAAACGUCAAUGGCAAAGGCUUCGGCAGCUCGGAAGAACUAGCAGACAUUCUUCGUGAAUUAUUUGAUCCCGGUUCACGACAGCUCGCAAGACUAAAGGAGGGGGCCAUAAAGGAGAGUCAACGUCGAUGGAAUUCCGAAUGGGAUCCUGUGGCUGGCAAGCUCUUCGGUCUGGCGGAUUGA